AUGACCUUACAAAAAGAAUUUAAUUGUGUAAACCGAAAACUGAACAUUGCUGUCACCAGAAUUGCAAAACCUUAUGGAAACAAGGAUACAUGGACCACUCCAUGGGAAUUGAGGAAUCAGAUUGAAGAGAUCAAACAGGAUAUGAGAGCUAUGCAGGUACAGAUUAACCAUAUAUUCAGAGAAGGCAACAGGUUGGCAGACUUUCUAGCAAACCAGGCUUUGGAUCAUGCAGGAAUCAAAGUUCAUGACUUUAUACUCAUGGCAUCAGAAGGAAGAAGAAUUCUCAAUAUGGACAAAUUACAACUGCCUCAGUUGAGGAUUAGAACAAGGAGGAUUCAACAGAUUGAUCAUCAACAAUGA